CGUCGUACACACACACUGCAAGUCGUGACACCCUAGUGGAUGAGAAACAUGUCGGGGAGGAUAGUGCACACCGGAGGAACUCUGUUAUUAUCUAAUAAAACAUAGACGUCGGACAAUAGUACGGACCGUGGGAUCUUCGCGACUGCUUUACUGCAGUAUAAUACUAGUUUCUUACGGUGGAAAUGGGAUGUGUUGAACUGAACCAGGCCCAGAUCCUCUAGUGCGCGACGUGGGAAGGCUAUACGGUUGUUUGGGUUUUAAAGACGGGUUGUGGGUCCUUGGGGCAUGUUGUCUGUAUUAUCGUAUGGGAGACUGGUGGCCAGGGCGGUCCUUGGAGGACUCUCUCAAACCGACGGUCGAGAUUACAGUUUGGUCACCGCGAGUUAUGGGUUCGGAAAGGACUUCCGUAAGGGGAUCCUGAAGAAAGGGAUGUGCUACGGGGACGACGCCUGCUUCAUAGCGCGGCACAAAGCGGCCGAUGUGUUGGGUGUGGCAGAUGGCGUCGGGGGUUGGCGUGACUACGGCGUGGACCCCUCCCAGUUCUCCGCCACCCUGAUGCGGACUUGCGAGCGGCUGGUAAAGGAGGGGCGCUUCGUGCCCAGCCAGCCCGUGGGCAUCCUCACCUCGGGGUACUACGAGCUCCUGCAGAACAAAGUCCCGCUGUUAGGCAGCAGCACGGCCUGCAUCGUGGUUCUGGACCGGCGGAGCCACCAGCUCCACACGUGUAACCUGGGCGACUCGGGCUUCCUGGUGGUGCGGGGUGGCGAGGUGGUGCACCGGUCGGACGAGCAGCAGCACUACUUCAACACCCCCUUCCAGCUCUCCAUCGCCCCCCCUGGGGUGGAGGGGGUGGUGCUCAGCGACAGCCCCGACGCUGCUGACAGCGCCUCCUUCGACGUGCAGCUGGGCGACAUCAUCCUGACGGCCACCGACGGCCUCUUCGACAACAUGCCCGACUACAUGAUCCUACGGGAGCUCAAGAAGCUCAAGACCACAAACUACGACAGCGUCCUGCAGACGGCAGAAAGCAUCGCCAAGCAAGCGCACGACCUCGCCUACGACCCCAACUACAUGUCCCCGUUUGCACAGUUCGCCUGCGACAACGGACUGAAUGUGCGAGGUGGGAAGCCAGAUGACAUCACGGUGCUGCUGUCCAUUGUUGCAGAAUACACAGACUGAGUGCUGUGUGUGCGUGUGGGCAUGGGCAUGUGUGACCCCUUGUGUCCUUCCUUCUACUUCUUUGGCCAAGUCGACCCCCUUCCCCCCCACACACACAAACACACGCACACACUGCCCUGCGCCGGGUCGAAGGUUCACCGCGCUCCUGAGCGGGGAAGGAGGGGGAAAGGGCAGCUAAGGCCCCUUCAUGUGGAUCAUGACGGAACAGCCGAUGGACAGUUCUCUGUAUCCUCUGAUGGUUAAAGGGCUUAACGUUAGCAGAGCCCUCAGUUAUACACAACGGUACUGUAACCACCCCACAGCUGCAGGGACGCCCAGCGAGCAGGUCAUUACACGAUGCUGCUCGCGAUACUCAUUGGCUUGUGUGUGCGAAUGCUGUCAGGUAUACAUGGGUGUGUUUCGGUUCGCAAGAGAGGUCGAUGGCGAAGAGUGGACGUUGUUCUGUCGUGUAGGAAGACGUUUCUGUGGCUGAGUGAUAUGUUUGAUGUGAUGGCCCAUCGUCACAUGGGACAUGGUGGUCUGCAGGUUCUCAAGAAUUUGGAAAGAAAUGGGUGGCGUGAUGGAUCUGUCUCUGUUGUUGUCGCUGAAGUUGUGUCAUUUCUGUGUCAUAAAGUAAUUGUGUAUGCGUGGCAUUUGAUCUGGAAAGAUGAAGAUGUUUCUUAAAGGUUGGGUAUGGAAUUCUC